AUGUAUAGUCUUUUGUAUUCAAGCGACCAAGUUCAAAGUCUUUAUACUUUCCAGCUCAAUUCCAAAACCAAGCGAUAUGUCGGUCACCCUGAUGCGCGCAAGGCAUCUGCAAAUAUGCUAUACAACAAGGGCUCGCAAAAUGACUUUGGCAACUUCCAACCAAUCUCGUUUGCUCGCGUCGAUGGAAAGGCUUUGUCCAAAUGCAAAACUCAUCCGAUCAGCUCUCAGGGAUCCCCAUUAUCUAUCCCGCAAUGA